CGUUGGACUUUACUCUGAGCGGGACCAAACCUCAUUGCAGAAUGGAUAUGAAGCUGUUUGCAGUCGUGGCUGUGCUCACAUUGGUGACAUAUGCUCCUCCAUCACAAGCAAAGCCUAUAAGUCUGGUGGAGAGAUGCUACUGUCGGUUCACCGUUAGCAGCGUCCCAAGGAACAUCAUUCGAGAGCUCAGGUUCAUUCACACGCCAAACUGCCCCUUCCAAGUGAUUGCCAAGCUGAAGUCAAAAAAAGAGGUCUGCGUGAAUCCAGAGGUUGCAUGGCUGCAGAAGUACCUGAAGAACGCCAUCAACAAAAUGAAGAAAUCCAAAGAGGGCCAUUAAAACCUCCUGCCGAGAUCCUCCCGAGCGAUCGCUGAGGGUUUGAAGUAUCGCGGCUAUGUAACAUUUGAUAGGAGAACAUCUGGUAUGUUGAACAGCACUUAUCCCGGGCCGGCUGCCGCGCUGCAGCCUUUAGCAUGAAAUGAACCCACAAGUCCUCGUCCUGAACACCAGCCCACCAGCCUUGUUGCCGUCAUAACCGUCACCACCCUUACAACGCGUAGAUAUUGUAGACAAUACUAGUGCAAAGUGCAAUUAUAUCCAUAACAGGAGAUCUGUUUAACUCGAUCCUCUCUGAUUUUUGACAAAUUUGACAAAAAUGUUUGCCAGGUUGUGUUUCAUGUUUCAAGUUAAUUGGCAUUUCAAUAGGUGCCAGUUACUCCAAGACUAAAUGUAAAAUGUAAGAUCUCAGUAAAAAUGACUAAUACCAUUUUUUGUGAUGGAAAUUAGAACGCCAGAAGAACUUAAGCAUUUCUGAGCUGUUCUGUGGCUCUGGUUAUGUGACUCUGUGUUAACCAACAUGAGUGGUUUUUUACCCUGAGAGAAAAGCGAAACAUCUGGAUCCUAAACCGUUUCAUUUGAGUGAAAUUUACUGGAAUCAUAAAGGCGCUCAACGAGAAAUGUUAAGGAAAAGUUGGUGAUUUGCACCAAUCACAGUUAGCCGCCUCAUAAAAUCAGACAUGAGGCUUUAGAGUAAAUGUCCAUUUCAAAGAAGGAUAUACUGCCAUUUUAAAACAGUUAUUAGAUUAGUAGUGAAACACAACAAGAGCCACAGUAGAGAAAGUAUUCUAUUACUCACAACAAAUAGAUGUGCAUAGAUGGGACCACCUACAGCUGUUAUGCAGAUAGCAAUGCACUUUAUAUCUGAUGUACUCAUAUUUUAACAACAACAUUUACUAAGUCUGAUCAUUAAAAUGUCUUUUGUCUUUUUUAUGUUA